GCCUGUCAAUAUAACAGUACGUGUUGUUUAUUUAAUUUUAUAAUGAAACUAAAGUUGAUGCUAUGUGCGCUUUUCAAAACAUCUCCCCGUGUGCGCCAUGCGACAGCGUCAGGCUUGCCCACAAGGGCUACGCGGCUGCGCUGCGAACCCACGGCGAGCCGCGAUGAUUUGUGCUGACUUUAUUAAACAAAACAUCAGCCGGUCUGACUACUUAAGCCGGUUCCUGCAUGCCGAAAAUUCACACUCGUUCAACGCCUGCACCAUCAAGAUGAUGUUUGGCCUGGACAUCGGAAUGCCCUCGUGGCAUGAGGGCGCGAGUUUCUUCGGCAGCAUUCUAGUUGAGAUGGACAUCCAACCCAGGAAAUAUCUUUGGACCCAACUCCCAUCGUUUGUAGUCUGCAGCGUUAGGACUCUCUUGGCGCUUCUGGGAGCGGCAUACCAAGGAUAUCUACCCAUUCCGAAACUGAUUGUGGAGCUCGUUCGGUGGCACGAAGCCCAGUGGGCCCUGGCCGGCGUGCCGGGCCCAGCCACCGCAGAGGACGCUCAACUAUUCACGGACAAUAUUGGCUGGGAGGCCAGCUUGCGGCAGGUGAAGGCGCCACCGGCCUUCCUGCGGCGUCUUACCCGGUGUGUAUACCGGGGGACCUCUUAAAUAUCCGAUAUCGAAGAGGUCGAGGGGCUUCCCCUCGACGGAGUGCUUCAACGGUUGCGGCGGCCAAUGUGGCCGGUGAUAUAUUAA